UAUAAAUUUCGAGUGUUUUUUUUAUCGUGAAAAGAACUGACAGAAUGUUUCAUUUUUUGUCAAACUGAAAUUUCCAAAAGAUAUUUACUUAUAUUAACCAUUUAAACCAGUGAAUCGAAAGACUUGUUUGUAACAAUUAAGUGAAAAUGGAAAAUAGUUGGGCCUUUAAUUAAAAGGCCUUUGGUAGCUGUUCGUUGUUUGAACUGUAAUCAUCUCGUCUUUGAAUGUGAAUGUUGAUUAUUUAUUGAUACGUUUUCCAUAAAUACAGUUGAUUUCUUUAUUCAUCUUUACCUUUGAUCCUCAUGGCAGAAUUUAAAUCUCUUUAUCCCCUCCAGGUAACAAGUAACCAAUCAAUCGUCAAGCUGGACUGUGGUCACGAUAAAAGUGACGUUUUUUAUGUUCACAAGUGUUUGAAGACAUUUUGUAGAAAGUGUAAACUAGAAAAUCGCUCAUGUGUCUUGUGUAAAUCUGAACUCUUAGAAACUGAUUAUCUCAAAGCAAUUGACAGGAAGAAAUGUGAAGAUGAUUCAGUUUGCAACAAUCAAGCCAUUUUCCAUUGUUUGUGCGGUAAAAAGUAUUUUUGUGAGGAUCAUUUAUUCAAAUUUCAUCGACCGAUUUUACCAUCAAAAAGAUGUUGUGCUGUGAUUCUCAGUUCGGACUUAGAUGACCAACCAUGUUCCAUAUGUAACAACCGUAUCGCUGAAUUUGUGGACAAUACAACUAAUGAGCUUUUCUGUGCUUCAUGUAAUCAGAAUAAUAACUCAGUUAAUAUUGUGCCCAUUGAACUAGACAAUAACAACAACGAUACCGACAACACAAGCAUAGCCAAAAGUGUUGAAAUUUAUCGAGUUGAUGUACAAAAAAGGUUGGAUCUAUUGAACAACAAGCUAAAAGAUUAUACGAUUGAGAUAGAAAACGAAAAGGCAGAAUUCAAUAAAGGCAUCGGUCACAUGAGAAGUAAACUAGAAAGUUACUUGAGUGCCAACAAAGCCAAAAUAGACUCUUUGCGAGCGGAAGUAACCAAAGUAAAACAAUUUUUGAAUCAAUUGAAUCGCAGUGAUAAAUUUGGAAUAAUCACUCUCAUCAAGUCGAAUAAGCUUAACAAUAUACUCGCGGACUCGAAAUUAAAGUUAUGGGUCGAAGAGAUAGUGCAAUCGUAUGUUAUUCCUGAAUUAACCAAAUCGGGUGUAGAUUGGACUGAAGAAUCUAAAAGAGCUUUUCAUGAGUUGGUUCCUAGUCCGCGGAACUGGAAGCUUAAUCAUGGUCCUUUUUUUCCUGACAAUUUUCUCAAAUUAACUUACGACUUAAUCAAAGAACAAAUUUUCCACCGAACUAUCUGUAGAGCUUCAUCUUGUUACUGUGAACAAAACAGUCUCACGAAAAAAUUUUACGACCUUAAGACUGAAUGUAAACUUUCACAAAAUAAUCUGGAUUAUUUUCUCGAUUGCUCAUCAAUCGCUGGUGGUUGUAUAACUCUAUUGAUUGAAACAGGUAAACGAGCUCUUAAUCAGUCUGAUUUUGUCGUCGCUGAAGUUUGUUUUGAAGAAGCUCAUAGACUCAGUCCGAACAAUUGGAUUGUUCUUGACACUUUAAUGGGUCUUUAUUUCGUUCUAAAUGACUUCAGUAACUGUCUAAAACUUGCGGUCAAAGGUUUGACUGCAGAUUCUAAUUACUUCAAAGCUCGUGUUUUAAUAUCAGAGAUUUUGAAAUCAACACCAACUUUAAAAUCAGAAAUACCUGUUGGUCUUGAUUAUCUACUCGAUUGUAGUUCCGAAGAUGAUUUGACAAGAAAAACAAAAAUUUUAGACAAACUCAACAAGACGAAACAACUUCGUGAUGGACAAAAGAAGACUGAAACUCAGCAAGAAAAUGUUCGAAAAUCUCUGCUAUUAGACCUCAAUAUCGAAACGAUUUCGCUACAAUCCUUGAUUUCAGCUUUAAUAGUUGUUAAUAGUGAAAUCGAAAAACAAAAACUCAACCUUAGUACAUUUAUACCAUUGAAGAUCACUGGCAAUCCAUUUUCUAAUCCUCUGUCCAAUGCUAAUACAAUUUCUUCAAAAGAGAACCUUAAUCAAAAUAAUAAACGAAAGAGCCAAGGUCAUGAUCCUUCAGCGAAACGAAAAUCGGGCGAAGAUUUACAGCCGAAAGAUCCAAUAGCCAUCAGCAUGUACGAAAAGAUAUUCACAAUGUUACCAGAAAGUAUUUUAACACGUGAAAUAGUCCAAGAAGAGGAGUUACAGGUACAAACAAAGAACGAAGCUCAAGUGGAACAUUUAAUUUUAACCCGUUACCUCUCGAAACAAAUACCAUUCGUCGCAAAAGGAAAACAAAUCCAUCUGCUGAUUCUUGAUCUUCUCUAUGAAAUAGCAAGCGAAGCCACCGCAGUCAGAUUACCUUCUAACUUCAUGAAUCUGUAUAGAAUUAAUCGAAAAUGGUAUCCAUUACCGACACCCUUAACGUGUUCAAUCAUGAAUAUAGAUGUUGGCAGAACAAACUUGAUUUUAAUUGCUAAUGAAGUUGAAUUCAAUCAAUCCGAAGCAAUAUUUUUGACUGAAUCGAUUCCCUAUCUACGAGAUUUGAUGAUUACUCCAGAUUAUGAUAAAUUUUUCAUUCGUCUUUUGAUUCUUCGAGGGAUCAAAGAAUCUAAAGUUGAUUAUCUUCUAAUGGCAAAUGAAAUGUUUACCAAAACUAACCUCAAAUUAGUGCGAGCGGUAAAUCAAACUGUCUAUACCUCUUCUAGUCUUAGAUCAAUGAUUAACAAGAUGAAUGAAAAUAAUUUGGACACAUUAUUGGAUCAGCAUCGACACGAGGAAGUUGUUGAACUAUUGGCAUCUAAAUCUGAGUUCUCUAAACAAGAAGAAGGGUAUCUUUGUCAAGCUAUCCAAUCAUCACAAUAUUGGAAACGAGGGAUCGAAAUAAUUGCUCGAAGUAAACAAUUAACCGACACAUUGCUAAAUCUAUUACGAUCUUGUCUAAAGAAUGGUCAUGGAACAUCUAUUGAUCGAGAAUUGGCCAUCAAAUUGUUGAAAUUAGGAACUGAAGAUUACAACGUAAUGGCCUGGACUUGUAUUCUACAAACUUUCAUAAACGAGAUGCGAUGUGGACACAUUGACGAAGGGCAAAUCACUUAUUUAAUUAACUCAAUUCAUGAAUAUCUAGGGAGUGAAGGAGUUUGUUGUCAUUCCAAUGGAGAGUUUUUAUCUCUUUCACUCAAUUAUAUAAUCAAUCAAUCAAAUAUCAUGAGAGAGAAAUUGAUUCUUAGCUGCCUUGGUUGUUUUUACAAACAAUUAGAAUGUAACUUUCUAUCAGCUCAUCCUGAAUCGGGAGUUUCUUUGCAUUGGAAGGACAUGAAUACUAUUUAUAAUCAUUUUAUUCCUAAAACUUUGCCAACUUUUAAUAGUGAAAAAUGUGAUUCUAUCAAUGCAAAUACUGCAGAGCUGUUACUCAAAUUGCUUUCCAAGGUCCCUGAAAAUUUAAAUCCUGAAAGAUUUUCCAAUUCUGUCAAAGAAUAUGUCGAUAAUGGAAAAUCCAUUGAGCCGUCAUCAAGUAUUCCAAAAGAUCAUGUUACUCAAGAUCUUUACUAUUAUCUAGCUGAUUAUUACUUUAAAAAGGAAGAGUUUCAAAAAGCCGUCCAAUUUUACUUUCUCGAUCUAUCUUUAAAUCUCAAUCGAUUUGAUUCAUGGGCUGGAUGUGCUCUAGCAAUAACAAGUCAAAUUGAUCAAUCUUCUUCAACUAAUGGUCGAGUUUUUUCCUCAUCUGCUUAUAAUCCGUUGAAUUUUUGGAAUAAAGCAUUUCGUUGUUUCAAUAAAGCGACUCCAUUGAAAGAUAAUGAAUCCAAGAUAUGGCUCGAAUAUGGAAAGUGCGCUUAUAACAUUGCGAGUUACAUUUCUCGAGUCAUGAAAUUUGGACCAGUUUUGGAGAAUUCACAAAAAGAAGAAAUUAAAAAACAACGAAAGAAAUUCUUGGACCAAGCUCGAGUUUGCUUUGAAUCAGCUCACAAAUUUUCUAACGUUGACGAAAUUAUGAUGAAUUAUUAUUUCUUAGGAAAAAUCGCUGAGAGAAGUAACAUCUCAGAGGCACUUCGUUAUUACGAAUUAUCUUUGUCACAUUUUGUCUCAAGUGAAGCAACUUCUGGAAUUAAUGUUCCCAAUUCUAUUCAGCAUCGUUUUGGCAUUGAAAUUCACUAUCGCAUUCAUGCUUAUGCUCUCAAGUAUAUUCAUAGAGAUAAAAUUCUAUCAUCGAAAUAGAACUGGAGGUUCUAACUCGUGCAGAAAAAAGUAUUACUCUCUUUGAUUCUGCGUCAAGAAAUAAUAAAACCAUUGAUGAUACCGGAAA